CUCUACUGGUGAUAUGUUGGUUUUGCGACAGUGAAGUAAUUUUUGGAGACGUAGGUAGAUUGAAUUUUGUUCAGUCCUUUGUCACCAAAUUUUAGAGAAAAUGAUGCAACUUAUGGCUGCUCUUCGAACAUUGGUGCUUUGACAAGAGGGACAAACCAAUAAAAUCGAUGUGCCACCUUUUCAUAGUUGACGAGAAGGUAGAGAUGAAAAAAUCUACCUUCAACAACUACUGCAGCACUUUAUGGCCUACAAUAUCAAAGACUCCAACCGAUCACCAUCCAGGGCUUCAGCAGAUUGCUCUGUCUCCCUUCGGGCAGCAGGGCUUCUCUCUGGCUUUGUGGCAUUUCCUCUGGCUGCCCCAACCCUAGGACGCAGUCGCCUCUGCACGCCUUCACCAGUGGCACCAUCUUCCCCUCUGCCAGCCCACAUGGACAUGGACCCGUCAUCACUGGACGACCCUACCCCCCAUGGACCUGAGUGCACUGACAUCACCUCCAUUGCCAACUACCUUCGAGAACCACCAUGGACGCUUCACCUCCUGGCUAACCUGAAGACCUGCCCUGUGUGUGAACGCUGCCAAAAAUUUCUCAGAGGAUGCUCAUACGGCAGAUGUCAGUUGCGGGCACCAGGCUAUACCCUCAGCAACAAUGCUCACCCCUUCCCUUUCCACCUUCCAACAUCCUCUAAAGAUGUGCAUCAAUUUGAGGAGGGAGGGGAGACUCCAGAAAGUACUGCACCAAAAGUAAUAAGCCACAUUCGAAACACUUGCAGUGCAACAGCUGUAUGGGUUGGCAGUAGGAACUAUACCAAGGUCUGCCAGGGACUGCAGCUGACAACCCAUGGGCAUCAUGAAUGUGGAUAACAAUUGAUCAAUGUCUCAUUAAAUACCGGAGCACUGAGCUCAGUUGACUGAGUCAUGCACAGUCUCCAGUUGUCACGCCAUCUCUGAGACUUAUGCUCCUCAUGCAUUGUAGACCAGCUCUGGACUCUAUGAAGACAGCAUUCUGAGACAGUGACAGGACUAUAAUAUUUUAGAGGACUUGUAAUAAUUUCAAAUGUCUAAUUGUGUGGGACAUUUCACAAGAAGC